GUGGUGAGUGGCUCCGCAGUCCGCCCGGCUGAGACGGCACGUGCACCGGGAGCACAGAGCAGAGGACGGCGAGCGCGGGCAGCGCGGCGCCGGGCGUCCGCGGCUGACGGUGCGCUGGUGACUGGUGCGCUGGUGAUUGGUGUCUGUCCUCCAGCAGCCCGGUGUGCUGCCGCUGUCACUCAGGUGGAGGGUCAGGCAGCUGCCCACCGGCCGACCGACACCGGAGAGACGCGCCACCAUCAGUGGACGGGGGCCGCCGACCGGGACCGGCAGGGAGACGGCGGCGGCCGCGGCGGCGGGCCCGCUCUGCGGAUCCCACUACUGCAGAUACCGACCGACGGGACGAGCCGGGUCAGGGGCACACCAGCAGACACCGGCUGGGCGGGCCGGGUCGGUGCUGCCAGGCCCCGUGUGACGGUCAGACCCCGGCCGGGCCCUGUGUGUGACGGCCGAGCCCCGUGUGUGACGGCCCCGGCUGAGUCGCCGCGGCGCCGCGGGCCGACUCCAGCCAUGGAGAGGAGGGACGGCGGUGCCCCCGUCCCCCCGUCCCACCAGCCGGCGGCGGUCAGCCCGCCCGUAUCGCCGGCCAGCCUGGCAGCCAGCCCGGCGCCCACCGGCCGCGGCGUGGUCUUCAGCCGAAACAGAUACGGACAAGUGACGAUGACGUCUCAGCCGACCAACGAGUCGGAGCUGCAGCUGUACCGGGUGCUGCAGCACGCGAAUCUGCUCAGCUACUACGACAUUUUCAUCAGUCAAGGCGGUGAUGACGUGCAGCAGCUCUGUGAAGCCGGCGAGGAGGAGUUUCUCGAGAUCAUGGCGCUGGUCGGCAUGGCGUCCAAGCCGCUGCACGUGCGCCGCCUGCAGAAGGCGCUCCAGGAGUGGGUCAGCUCGCCCAGACGGUUUCAGCUGCCCAUCCUGCCGGUACCGGUACCUCUGGUACCGACGGCCGGCUUUCUGCCGGCUCGGCCCGGCGGAAUGGGCGUGGCCAGGGAAGGCCCGGCCUCUGCUCCGCCGGCGGCCCGGCCGCCCUCCCCGCCCUCUCCGGCGGCGGCGGCCAGCCCGGCUCCCAGCCCGGCGGCCAGCCUCGGCGCCGAGCGGGACGGCGCACCGUCACCCUCCCACUCACAGGGCAGUGGUGACCCGCCGCCGGCGGACGACUCGCCCUACCCGGCGUCAGGCUCGCCGCACCUGCCCACGCCAGUGCUGCUCGAGGCGCAGAUCCAGCGGCUGGCCCGCUCCGCCGAGCGCAUCGCCAAGACGCUGCCGGCGUUCGAGCCGCGCGCUCCCAGCACCAAGAGGAAGGCCUGCAGGGAGCUGGAGCUCGUGAUGACGAUGUCCUCCGAUGACCCGAAGCGACCGGAGAAGUUUCGCGAGUUCGCCGCCAUCUACGGCAGGUUCGACUGCAAGCGCAAGGCCGAGAGGCCGCUCACCCUGCACGAGGUGUCUGUCAACGAGGCGGCGGCCCAGAUCUGCAUGCAGGUCCCGGCGCUGCUCACCCGGCGUGACGAGCUGUUCCCGCUGGCCAGACAGGUGGUGCGCCACUCGGGCUACCAGUACUCCAAGGGCCACUCCAGGUCGCAGGGCGCCCAGGGGUUCUCUCCGCGCGACUUCUCCGGCUGGGAGGAGACGGGCGCCGCCAAGAGGGCCCGGCUCGACUCUGACUCGCACUCGGACGACCUCCGAGACAGCGAGUGGUGCGGCAGACAGGAGCGGCUGGAGCAGAUCGCCGACGAGCUGCGUCUGCUGCGAGACCAGGCGGAGCGGCUGCAGGCGGCCGACUCGGACAGGUCGACCCCGGCGGCGGCGCUGCACCACCAGCUGGAGAGCCUGCAGGAGCGCCAGCGGCGCCUGGUCGCCGAGCAGCACAGCCUCGUCGGCCUCAACAAACAGCUGUUCAAAUCCAGCAUGGAUUUCGACGACGACGACUCGCAGUUUUCCAUGAGCAGCGUACCUUCACCAACGGAGUCGGGAGCGGACGGGCCGCGGACGGAGUCGGAGCCGGCUGGCGGUGCUGCCGGCGCUGCAGCCGGCGGCGGGGGUCGGCGGCCGGCCUCGCCGCGCUCGGACGGCACCGGCUCGCCGCCACUGAGGGCGCCGGCCGCCGGUCGGCUGCCGCCCCUGUCGGCGGCUCCCGGGCUGCUGUCCAGCCAGGUGAUCGCCUCCUCCACGGGCGCCAUUAUCGCCGUGGCCAACCCGGCGCUGACGCUGCCGGCCACCUCUCAGCCGCUGGCGCUCGUCACGCACGCCAAGCUGGAGCGCGUCAGCAGCGAGCUCACCACUGCACGCGUGAAGACCGAGCCAGCCGUGUCGGCCGGCCGGCGCCGGCUCGGCGACCGCGGCGUCCUCUGACGGCCGACAAGCAGCGCCGCGCAGCGGUCAACUGCCGAAGCUGCCCAGCAGCACCUGUGAUACCCAUACCCACGUUGAGCUGGACCCCUGCUCGCCGUCUUCAGAAGGUGCACAGCAUCCUGCAUUAAAAACACCGGCGCUGGUGUCUGGAAGGACUGACGGUGAUUUCGACGCACUGGUCCGGCGUCCAGGAAGGCGCCGUGUUUUGUACCUUGGCCGGUAGGCAGCGGGCGGUGUUCCGGGGAGGCGGACAGCCCGGCUGCCUGGUCUCUGGUCACCGGCCCAAGGUCAGUCCCGUGAGAACGACCCCCAGCGGGUCUCUAAUGUCUACACUCACAGUGAGCUUAGCAGCCGGCCUAUCUAAUAGGUGUCAAAGUGUGAUGGAUCUCGGAGCUCGUCUCGUUACGGCUCGCGCCCGCCGCGUGUGCUCCCCGUGUGUGCUCCCGAUGUGUCGUACCCGCCCGCCGUAUGUGUUCGCACUGUGUGUUCCUGUACUCCGUCCGGCGCCGAACUGUGGGCUGCGUCUGUGUACCCUGUGGCAAUACGUGUCGUCUGUGGUCCGGACUGAACUGCGAGGAAGCGGCAGGUCGCCGACCUCUGGUCGGGGGUGCAGCGCAGCGCUGCGUCCCGAUGUCGGCGCCCGGACCGAGGAGCUGGUCAGACGGCGAGCGCUAUAUGUGAGGCGGCUCGUCCAGAGACGAACGCUGCAGUUGAAACACCAGCUGAGCCGGAGUCACGCGGUGAUCGGAAUCUCGGGACCAACAGGGCCUGGGGG